UUUUUUAAUCUCUGAGUUUUUUGAUGAUGGAUUCUCUACCAAAGCAAACUCUGAAUCCAAACAAGCAUCUCAAAGAACAAUUUGUGAGCAAUCUCGAUGGAUCUUCAAUUCUGGAAAUCGCAGCACUAUUAACCAUUGUCCCCCUCUUGGUUCUUUUACGAUACUCCAUUGACUUCCACUGGAAAAUUGAUAAUAAUAAUGGUGGAAUAGCCGUUUCAUCGAAGAAAAACGACGAUGAGAUUGUUGUUUCCAGAAAUUGGAAGGCUUACACUCAUGCCAUAUCGUUGGAUUUCAUCCUCAUUGUCUUCCCCAUGCUCCUGUUUUUCACUGUUCUAUCAGAAUGGGUCUAUCUUGGGGCAGUUUUGUUGUCUUUGUUGUUGCUGAUUCUUUCUCUGACUGCCAAAAGAUCUUCUUCGGGGUUGCAGAGAGGACAGUCUCUGUCGUUCAGAGCAAGCGUAUCUUCUUAUAGAGUUGCUCUGAUGCUUAUUACAUGCUUGUGUAUCUUGGCUGUUGACUUUACUAUCUUUCCGAGGAGGUACGCCAAGACAGAGACUUAUGGUACUAGCUUGAUGGAUCUUGGGGUCGGCUCUUUUGUGUUGGCUAAUGCUAUUGUUUCUCGGCAAGCUAGAGACGUCUCAUCAGGAAACUGGAUAACUGGACUUAAAGCAACUGCUCCUCUGCUACUACUCGCGUUAAUUCGUCUCGUUACCACUUCAGGUGUGGAUUAUCAGGUCCACGUUACGGAAUAUGGAGUACACUGGAAUUUCUUUUUCACACUUGCAGCCAUAUCAAUUCUCACAUCAUUUGUUAACAUACCAGCCAAGUACUGUGGAAUCCUAGGUUUCUCUGUUCUUGCAGGGUACCAAACUUGGUUGAUUAGUGGACUGAACACAUAUUUGCUUUCGGACGAAAGAGGAACUGACAUUAUCAGCAAAAACAAGGAAGGAGUAUAUAGCAUUCUUGGUUAUUGGGGCAUGUACCUUCUUGGCGUUCACUUAGGUUAUCGUCUCUUUUACGCAAAACAUUCAAAUAUUCGAAGCACCACAAGCUCAAUCGCUAGAGUCUUUCUCGUUUCUCUUCUCUUAUGGAUUGUGACUAUACUUCUUGACAACUACGUUGAGAGGAUCUCCCGUCGAACGUGCAACAUGCCUUACGUUACUUGGGUGCUUGCACAAGAUCUUCAGGCGCUGGGAAUAUUUAUGCUGUCUAGUUAUAUACCGAUGAACAAACUUUCAUCACUUGAAGAAGCAAUUGACCAAAAUCUAUUAGCUACCUUUCUACUUGCAAAUCUUGUUACAGGAAUAGUGAACCUCACCGUAGAUACCAUCUUUGCUUCUCCAUUCUCUUCUCUUCUGAUAUUAACGGCUUACGCCUUUGCUUUAUCUGCUAUUAUUGGAACCAUUCAUAUCUCCGGUUUCCGAUUAAAGUUCUGGUAAUUUAAAAGCUCACUACAUCUUGUAAACUGACGCUAGUUUUGGAUUCUGAUCUGAUUGUAGUCUUGUGAAGUAUGAAUCUUUCUUCUGUGUAUGAAACUUUUGCCGUGUGAAUUUUUCUGAUCCUUAAAAAAACUGAGUAGAAGAA